CCACUCGUAGACCGUAUGGUGCCCCAAUAUAAAAUAAUGAAGACUGCUUAUUUCCUGGUGGUUCUGUUGGCCUUGACCUUCGUCCCCGAACACGUGGAUGGCUGGUUUUUCCGGUCUGUACGCAGAAUUCGCUUCAGUCCGUACCACACGCUGGGUUGUAUGGCGGCCUGCAAGUGGGCCAGGAGCUGGGCGUGUAAGGCCUGCAAGAGGAAGAGGGGACUCGACGUGCCGGAUGCAGAUGAGGAUGAUGUCGCCAAGGUUAUGCAUGAUCUGGAUUUGAACGGAGAUGGUUUUAUUGAACUCGUCGAGAUCGCUCACGUGACCGGCCUGAAAAUGUCAAACCCAAUUCUACUGGGUAAAUUCCACACAGCGGAUACCAACGGUGAUGGCGAACUGGACCUUGCUGAAUUGGCAGCUUUCCACUUCGAUAAUAAAAAGGAAUUUCUGGAGGCCAUUGCCGAGCACGGACAUUAGGCUGAGAAGCGGCAUCCAUCCGGACGUCAUUAUGGCAUGUCAUGUACGCGGGUGAAGGGUUUCAAUAAAAUAUGAAAAUAA